UGAAGAAGUAAACUGCGGUGCUUCUUCUCUCUGCUCCUCCUCUCCUCCACACAACCAUACCAGAUUCCGAUUGCCCAGCAUGGUCCUAGCAAAGAGCAAGAAUGCCGUCGGGCUCGGCAACAGCCUCAUGAACGAUCGUUUCGGGAAAGGAAAGAACACCAACAUGCACAAGGGCAGUGCGCGGCAAAAGAAUGACGGCAGUAUUGUGCGCAAGGACCAGAAUGGAGUCGAAUAUGUCACCAACUCGCGGAAGGAGGCUGAAUGGGUCAAGAUGCGCUCGGUCACGGAGCAAGGCGCUCUCGACGAGUUCUUGAGCACGGCAGAAUUGGCUGGCACGGAUUUCACGGCGGAGAAGUUGAACAAUGUCAAGAUCAUCCAUACUGAUCAAAAGAACCCAUACUUGCUGAGUGCAGCGGAAGAGAGAGGUGUGCUGAGAAAGCAGAAUGCCAAGCGGGCACGCUUGACAGUUCCACGACGACCGAAAUGGGAUAAGGACACCACCGCAAUGGAGUUGGACGCGCGCGAGAGGGAAAGCCUGCUGGAAUGGAGGCGAGGACUGGCCGAGGUCCAAGAAGUCGAUGAUUUACUCAUGACACCCUUCGAGCGAAAUUUGGAAGUGUGGCGGCAGCUGUGGCGCGUUGUGGAACGAUCAGACUUGGUCGUUCAAAUUGUGGAUGCGCGAAACCCAUUGCUGUAUCGCUGCGAGGAUCUCGAAAAAUAUGUGAAAGAGCUGGAUGGUGGAAAGAAACGAAACUUGUUGUUGAUCAACAAGGCAGAUAUGAUGACACUUGAGCAGAGGAGAUUAUGGGCAGAGUACUUUCAUGCCAAGGGGAUUGCUUUCCGCUUCUUCUCGGCUGAAUUGGCAAAGGAGAUGAACGAGGCCAGAGCUGGAUCAGAAGGAGACGAGAGCUCAGAUGCUGAAGAAGAGGAUGAUGACUCUUCAGAUGAGCUAGAUGAGGACGACGUCGAAGAAGAGAUUGACCCCGAGGCCGAUGUCGACGAGCUCGCAAAGCAAGCACAGAAGAUAAGGGUGCAAGAUCAACAAGACGACGAGGAGGAAUGGUCAGAUGAGGAAAGUGUGGACGAACCGUAUCCGAUCCCGGAGCCGCCGCAACAGCAGAUGUCCAUUGAAGAACAGACCCGCAUCUUGACCACAGACGAUCUCGAAGCACUCUUCCUACAGCACUCGCCAGCAGCACCGAAAGACAAGGAUGCUGUGACACGAAAGACGGCCAUCGGACUUGUAGGAUAUCCGAACGUGGGAAAGUCGUCUACAAUCAACGCCCUUCUUGGCGCGAAGAAAGUUUCGGUUUCUGCCACCCCUGGAAAGACGAAGCAUUUUCAAACUCUUCACUUAUCCGACAAGGUGAUAUUGUGUGAUUGUCCAGGUCUCGUGUUCCCCAAUUUUGCCACUACGAAAGCAGAGCUCGUUCUCGCUGGUGUUCUGCCAAUUGAUCAACUCCGAGAGUACACAGGACCUGCUGGAUUGUUGGCCCAGCGCAUCCCUCAGCAUUACCUGGAGGCGCUAUAUGGUAUGAAGAUUAUAACCAGACCACUGGAAGAAGGAGGAACUGGACUGCAGACGGGCGAGGAAGUUCUUCGAUCUUUCGCGAGGGCUCGAGGGUUCUGGACACAAGGUCUCGGACAGCCUGAUGAGGCUCGCGCUGCGCGGACAGUAUUGAAAGACUAUGUAAAGGGCAAGCUACUAUUCUGCCACCCACCUCCGGAGCCACAAAUGGACCCGAAGCACUUCAAUCGCGAGCUGUACGACUUGGCGCAUUUGCCUCAAAAGCGCCGAGCACGACUGGCAGCACAGGAUAUCACAUCCAUCGCCGGAACCGAAGACGUAUCUUUGAUGGACGAGGCGAGUGAGCUGUCAUCUAUGCCCCAUGUGAUGGGCAAGAAGGGUGCUGGCCUCGACAAGGAGUUCUUCAAAGCUGGGCAAGGUAGCGGAAAUGUCGUGAGGCCUUUCCACUACAAGUACUCGCAGCAAGGGAAAGAGAUGUCAGGGAGAAAGUUGAAGGAGAUGACGGCGCUGGAGAACAACAUCGAUCCAGCAGAUCUGAAACUGAGCAAGAAGCAUGGCAAGGCAAACAAGAGAGCACAGAAGAAGGUCAGAGCGCCCGGUGUAGCGGCGUAUGAUGAGGGACAUGCUGGUUAGACCACGAUAGGCGAUGUAAUGGACAAGUGGGACGUCAAUGCCCGAAUAGAAUCAGUUUCCGUGUAGGCGCAGCACUGAGAGCAAAUGUGGGAGUACGGCACUGUACUGCAGGACAAUGUCAUACUGCUUUCUCUAUCUAUAAAAACUCAUUGUACCGUGAAACAAAAGCCACCGAAGGUCAUGUCCAUGCUCCCGUGUCACAAGCC